AUGUCAUCACCUCGGUCCGGUACAUCAAAUGAGCAGACAACUAAUAGCGAGACAAACGCCACAAUAAAUGCCAUCACUGAUUUUCGUUUACCCCAAUACGGUUUCGCAGAACCAAGGAUUUGGUUUGCGGUAAUUGAACCGUUGCUAGAAGCACGGGGCAUUAAGUCCCAAAUAGCCAAAUAUGGUAUGGUGCUGGCAGAACUCCCUCCGUCAGUAUUGACAGAAAUCAGCGAUUUCAUCGAAGAUCCUCCGACGGAACAUCAAUUUGAUAAACUUAAAGCCCUCCUCAUACAACGUACCAGUUUGUCGGAUGAGAAAAGAAUCCAACAAUUGCUCACAGGCUGUGAACUAGGCCCACGUAAACCAUCCCAGCUGCUCAGGCACAUGCGCCAGUUAAUCGGACAUCAUAAAGUAGACGAGGUAGUGCUGAAACAGAUGUGGUUGCAACGUUUACCUAGAAAUGUCCAGCAAAUUUUAAUCAUCUCAGGAAAGUCGUAUGACUUAGACCAACUAAGUGACAUGGCAGAUAGUAUUAUGGAUGUUUUAUCUGAUAACACCAUAAGUCACGUAGCAUCUGAUAGUGCCACACCGUGUCAUUCCACACCCACGGCAGACACACCGAUACUCGCCGCCAUUGCAGACUUAGCGGCAAGGAUUGACAAGUUGGAAACUAAUAGGUCGGAUCGACAAGUCCGGAGGCGGAGCUCACAGAGAAGGUCACCAUCACGACGACGAUCCUUCUCACGACAGCGUUCUUACACGUCUUCUCGGGAUAGCAAUAUAUGCUGGUAUCACUGGAAGUUUGGACGUCAUGCCCUGAAAUGUGUAAAACCGUGCAGCUUUAGCGAAGCCAACCAGGCUCAGGGAAACGCCUCAGCCAGACAGUGA